AAACAGUGAAAAAGUAGAAGCAUGUAAUAUUUAUGGAUCCGGAGUUGUGCGGGUGCCUUGGGUAAACGAAGUCGAUUGACGCGCGCGUUAAACCAGCCGCAUGUGAUUUCCAGCUUCAGUCAUUUUGGCAGCACGAUGCGAGAGGGAGACAGACACGGAGCUGUGAAACUGGACCCUCUGCCAGAGAUGUCGACGGAGAGGAAUCCCUGAAACCGCCGCUGCCCAGGAAAUAUGCACAAAUGUUGUUUUCUGGAGGCUGUUUUUCUCUCGGUUUUUUUGCACAUCGCUACAGAGUAUAGUGGACCAGGAUGCCGUGUGGGCGAUGCUGCCACAAGGGAUACAUUGUGAUUUCUCGGAGAUGUUUUAGCAUCCGCUGCAUAAAUUAAAAUAAGAAAAGCUUGACACAUGAGGGACUGGAGCUCCAAGGGAUCUAAUAAGACAUUACCACCUGUUACUAGAAAAUCAGCUCGGACACCCAUCAGGGAUUGCCAGGAGUGAAACCUCACUACGCCAUCGCCUCAUUCUGCUCUUCAGCUCGUCCACUCCCACGGCAAGCCAGCAGCGUUGUCAGCUGAUCUCCAACCAGCCGGGUCUGACAGCCAUGAUUCGGGAAGACCCUCUGCUUCGGCUCAGAUCAGAGAUCAGCUCGACGCUUGAUGGCUAGAUCUCUCCGUACAACGCGCUGGGGGCCUUUCUGCUGAGUAUCCCUCACUGCGUAGUAGCACAUGGAUUUCAAGACUUCAAAUGAAGAGAAAAAGAAUGGGAUUUAUUUGAUGCAAGAAGGUAAUGAGGAGCCGUUUAAUAUAAGACUACACUUGGCCAAAGAUAUUCUGACCAUUCAAGAACAAGAUGUCAUCUGUGUGUCGGGAGAGCCUUUUUAUUCAAGUGAGAGGACUGUAACGAUCAGGAGGCAGACAAUUGGAGGGUUUGGCCUGAGCAUCAAGGGUGGAGCAGAGCAUAAAAUCCCUGUUGUGAUUUCAAAAAUAUCAAAAGAACAAAAAGCUGAUCUCUCUGGGCUGCUUUUCAUCGGUGACGGCAUCCUUCAGAUAAAUGGGAUAAACGUUAGAAGUUAUCGCCACGAGGAAGUGGUCCAGGUUUUGAGAAAUGCUGGGGAAGAAGUGACUCUAACCGUGUCUUUUCUUAAGAAGACUCCUGCCUUUCUCAAACUACCCCUGUGUGAGGAUUGCACAUGCAUCCCCAGCGACCAGAGUAGUGGGACUUCCUCUCCUCUGUGCGAUAGCGGCCUGCACUUAAACUACCAUCCUAACAACACGGACACGCUGUCCUGCUCGUCCUGGCCCACGUCCCCCGGACUCCGCUGGGAGAAGAGAUGGGUGGACCUGCGCCUCAUCCCCCUGCUGCACUCACACCUGUCUCAGUACAACCCGGGCUCUGACGUCUGCAGGAAAAAUGCUUUCCAGGUCGUAGCUGUGGAUGGAGUUUGCAGUGGAGUUGUUCAGUUCCAAACUGCCGAAGACUGCUUGGACUGGCUUCAGGCAAUAGCAAGCAACAUUUCCAAUCUCACCAAGCACAAUGUGAAGAAGAUUAACCGGAAUUUUCCAGUUAACCAGCAGAUUAUCUACAUGGGCUGGGUUGAGGAGAAGGAGCAGGACUCCGUUCAGGACCGAAUGUAUUCGCCCAAAUUCCUCGCUCUCAGAGGUUCCUCACUCUUCAAGUUUUCUGCCCCUCCUGUGACUACAUGGGACUGGACUAGAGCCGAGAAAAGCUUCACUGUGUAUGAGAUCAUUUCAAAGAUUUUAAAGGAUAACGAACUCCUGGACAAGAGGAAGCACUGCUUCAGCGUCCAGACGGAGACCGGAGAGGACUUGUUCUUCAGCGUGGAACUGGAGUGCGAGCUGGUGACCUGGGAAAAGGCUUUUCAGAUGGCCACUUUCCUGGAGGUGGAGAGGAUACAGUGUAAGACGUAUGCCUGUAUCAUGGAUAGCCACCUUAUGGGACUCACAGUUGACUUCGGCAUGGGCUUUGUGUGCUUUGAUGCGGCUUCAAAGGCAGUUCUGUGGAGAUACAAGUUCUCCCAACUAAAAGGAUCAUCUGACGAUGGAAAAAGCAAGAUCAAGUUUUUAUUCCAAAAUCAAGACUCCAAGUCUAUUGAAGCAAAGGAGCUGGAGUUUUCAAACCUCUUCGCCGUGCUUCAUUGUAUUCACGCUUUUUUUGCUGCCAAGGUCGCCUGCCUGGACCCGAUGUUUGUGGAGAGCCAAAGCAAUGCGACUACCACUGGGUUUCCUUCUCUGUCCAGUAUCUCCUGUAAUUCACAGACCCCUAAACUCAAAUACGCGACCUGACAGGGGCUGCUCUCCCAGGACCCUCUCUGAAAAAAGAUGCUGCACUUGAGUCGUGACUGUGGCCUAAAAUGGUUGACAGGAGAAUUAAAAAAACGUUCACAUAAAGACAUUAUGGUGGAAAACUGUAUACAGCGGUUGAAUAAAAGACCUCUUUGAGAGUGAUAUACUUGAUACAUGGAAGACGUUUCAGAUUUAUGGACUAAUUGUGGACCUACGAACUUCUACUUCACAAAAAGACUGUGUGGACGCAACAUGUGCAAUUAUAAAAUGUUUUAAAGUAUUUUUUACCUUCUCUUAAUCCUCAGACAUCCCGUAUGACAAACACAUCCCAAAGAAAAAUGUAGUUCUUUUCCCAAGCCUUUCUAUGUCAUUUUAAUCAAGAUUUGAAGAGUAAAUACAAAUCAGUUGUUAAUGAAUCAGCCAUUUUGUCCCAGACAGUCCAUCACUUGACCUUCUCUGAGGAUUGGUUUGGGCAUCGGAUAUGAUGAUGGUAUGAUAUGAUGACGCUUUCUAUAUUUCCAUUUCUUUAUGCUUACUUGAAGUUAAAACUUUACCAUUCAUUCAUAUAUUAAUUAGCAGUCAAAUUGAAUUACAUUCCAACUUAAAAGCUAAAUGACAACAUAGAACUGAUUCUGAAUCUUAGUUUUGACUAAACUUAAUUACACAGAAGUUUGCAGGCAGCUUUGGUUGGGUUAAAUGAACGCUUUUGAUGUAUUUAUGUACAAAUAUGCUGGGUAACCUCAUUUAUUUUUCAAAGUUUAUGACGCAUAGCAACAGGUUGAGGUUAGAAUAUAUCUAUUUCCUGAAUGAGUGGAUAAAGGCUGUAUGAAGGUGGAUUUUUUGUGAAAGAGUGAUGCUUUGUUAAUCACCAACCGCUGUAUUAAAUCUCACAACCUUUAAACAUGAUUAGAAAACACCUUCCAAAAAUGUUUAAAGCAUUUUCCCCCAAAACGUGAUUAUGUUAAUAAACACUGACAUUCAAAU